AGCGGGGCAUGCCUCGAGGCGCCCAGCGCGCGCGCGCGCCCGCCAGCGCAAUGGGCGCGGGCUCCGGCGGCCUGGCCGCCUGCAGCGCCCAGAGGCUGCCCGACGGGUGCGACGCCCGUCCAUGCCUCGGGCCUGAGAGCCCCGGCAGCGACGAGCAGGUGCUCAUGAAUUCGGCUCUAUUGAAGGCCAGCUCCGAGGGAAACGUUGCUGGCAUCCAGAGGGCGCUCGCGGGGGGCGCGGACCUCGAGACGCGGCGGCCAAUGGUCAUACGUCCGCGCUGCAUGAAAGUUCCAGAUGAGACAGGAGACGAUCCUGUGGAUUUGCCGAAGGUGUUGGGCCUGGGGGACCACGGCGCCAAGGCCAAGGGCAAGGUCAGGGUCUCCGCCAGCGCAGGUCUGACGCCUCUAAUGCGAUCAGCGAAGGACGGACACGCAAAGGCCGUGGCCCUGCUUCUGCAGAAGCGCGCGAACGUGGACGCGAAGGAGACGAGGACGGGAUGACCCCCCUGCACUUCGCGGCCUGCGGGGGCUGCCGGGACUCGUGCGAGGCCCUGUUGCAGGCUGGAGCAGACGCGCGCCUGAGGGACGAUGAUUCCCACGACGCUUUCGACCGCCUACCGCCAGAGUGCGUACGUGGCCGAAAGGAGAGGGAGGCGUGGCUGAGGCUCCUGCGACCAGAGGCCAAGUGACGCCCGGCCGGCGCGCGUGACCAGGUCGGCCCGGCCGCCGCGGCAUCAGCGGGCCCAGGCCCACCCCGUCGCGUUGUGAACACAGGUCUCGACGGGAGGUCGCUGGCCAUGUUCGGACCUCCGGGGCUCCACGUCGCGAAGAAGUCACGACGUCGGGGGGGUCCAGGGAGACUCCCCGCGCGCUCUCCUGGCCCCUGCGCGCCUGGUGCUGCUCUGCUCAGGUGCAGGUGUACCUCUGCCACCCUUCCCCUCUCCCCCGCCCUCGCCACGCCCUAGCUGACCACCUCUGGCAUAUUG